AUGAUGCCAACAAAGGUAACAGGAGACCUAUCUAGAUAUGUGGGGAUAGAUUCUUGGUCUUUUUUCAAAAUAAUGAAGAUAAAACCAGAUUUCCUUUGCAAAUCUCUAACUGAUUGGGAGAGUGAUGAUGAUGGGCACAAAAAAGCUAAGCUCAUUGUAAAUAGCAUCAGUGUGGUAAACGAUGCUGCAGAGAGAGGUGUCAAGCUUGGUUACGAUUUUCUGGGAACAGCUGUUAAGGAAGAACGCUACCAGCGAGUAUUGCAGGUAGUUGAAAACUCCAGACAUACACUACCAAAUGCAAGAAAGAGAAAAUUGUUUUCAUCUUCAUGGUACCUCACUCUUUAA